GGAAAAUGAGUGAGAAAAGAGUAGUGAGACACACAAGGCUGAGUAGAAGAGCUCAGCAGGCUGCCUGAACCACCGUGGAUGGAGACAUAAUGAAGUGACUAGGGAUUCAAGCAGGAAAUGAUAAAAGAUCAGCUUUGGGGUGGAUUCCAUCAUGAACCAGAGCGAUGGCCCUUCCAGCAGUGGCUUUUAUUCCUGGGACAGUACCAGAGGCAUCAACAGCAUGCCCCCCAACUCCACCAGCAGCUUCCAUUUUUCUGUCUCCCCUGAAAUAGACAGCGCCAUCAACGGCAUCACCAUCAUCAUCCUCUUUGUGACUAUGGUGUCUCUGGGUUGUACCAUGGAAAUUUCCAAGAUCAAAGCCCACAUUCUGAAGCCCAAAGGGGUGACCAUUGCUGUGGUGGCUCAGUUUGGCAUCAUGCCCCUGAUCGCCUUCACUCUGGCCAAGGCAUUCCAGCUGAGUCCCAUUGAGGCUGUAACCGUGCUGAUCUGUGGCUGCUGCCCUGGGGGAAACCUGUCCAACAUCUUCAGCCUGGCUCUCCAGGGUGACAUGAACUUAAGCAUUGUGAUGACCACCUGCUCCAACGUUGUUUCACUGGGCAUGAUGCCUCUGCUCCUGUACUUAUACUGCCAGGGCUUCUCAAAUUUGGAGAACACUGUGCCCUAUGUCAGCAUCAUGAUCACCCUGGUGAUGACCUUGGUGCCCUGUGCUAUUGGCAUCGCCAUCAACCACAGGGUGCCUGCCUACUCCCCGAUUGUCAUGAAGGCUGGUCUCAGCAGCCUGCUGGUGGCUUCCAUAGCGAUUGGCAUUAUGUCAGGAAUCACGGUUGGAGGUAUGGUAUGGAUGGUCCUGUCGCCCCAGCUCAUGGCUAUUGCCUCUUCCAUGCCGAUGGCAGGUUUCUGCCUGGGGUACACCAUGUCCAUGUUCUUCAAGCUCAGCCAAGAAUGCAGGAGGACCAUUUCCAUGGAGACCGGCUGUCAGAAUAUCCAGCUGUGCUCCGCCAUUCUCAAAGUGGCGUUUCCUCAUGAGGUCAUCGGACCCCUCUACCUGUUUCCCCUCAUCGUUAUCGUAUUUCAGACCGGGGAGGCUCUGCUUCUCAUCACUGUGUUCAAGUGUUACCAAAGAUUCAAGCCUCCUGCGCACGAGAAUAUUGUUUACCUGGUUGUGGACAGUAACUCCGAGCAGGUGAAGGUGAUCACACCAUGAGACAGUUCAUGUGCGACAAAGGCUCAGAAGGACCACCUUGGAUUCCA